AUGUCUCUUUCUAAACUUGCAUGCCUCAUCCUAGGCACAGCUGGCCUGGCCGCAGCUCAUGGACACGUUGAUCGUAUCAACAUUGAUGGCAAGUCCUACGGUGGAUUCCUGGUCGAUAAAUACACUGGUCAACCAAAUGUUCAUGAUCUCAUUGCGUGGUCAACUGCGGAUACCCAAGACGCCUAUGUUCAAACCUUUGACUACAACCAGCCGAAUAUUAUCUGCCACGAGGAUGCUAAGCCUGGUGCUCUAGCUGGAGAGGUUGCUGCUGGUGGCAAGGUGACACUGCAUUGGAGUAGAUGGUUUGAAGAUCAUCGUGGUCCAGUCAUUAGCUACCUUGCAAACUGCAAUGGGAGCUGCGCUUCUGUGAAUAAGACGAAGCUUGAGUUUUUCAAAAUUGAAGAGGCUGGUCUUCUCGACAACAGCAAGUCCCCUGGAAGGUGGGCCAGCGAUGAGCUUAUGGCUGCCAACAAUACCUGGACGGUCAAUAUCCCCUCCGAUAUCGCAGCGGGAAACUAUGUUCUUCGUCAUGAGAUUAUUGCAUUGCAUAACGCAAUGAGUAACAAUGGUGCACAAGCUUAUAUGCAAUGCAUUAACUUGAAAAUAACAGGGGGUGGUACUGCUGCUCCUAAAGGUAUUCCCGCUACCCAGUUUUACAAGCCAACCGAUCCCGGAAUCCUGGUCGAUAUAUUCAACAACCUUCGCACUUAUGUGAUUCCAGGCCCAGCACUCUACCAUGGUGGGAGUGCAUCGCCUACAAGCACCCCCAUUAUCCCCACUGGGCCGUCUUCUAUCGCAGUUUCUUCCACCCCGGCCUGGACGACCACCGCUGCUUUGCCAUCCUAUCCGAGCCAACAUUUGGGUGACAAACAGAAUAAUCAAGCUUAUGGGGGCUCCCAAUCCUGGAAGAAAAGAUCAUCUGGCUGGACUUUCAGGGGUAGCCAUCAUGCUCGAGAUCUCUCUGUCUAA